UUAAUAGUGUCUGGCGUGAUGUCUAUGUGGGUGCCUCUCUAAAGCGUUGUUAUACUUUUAUUUGUUACUGGUAUGAUAUGGGAUAUAACGAAACGAUGAAAACAUCAAUAGUUCUCGUUUUGCUUACUUUACUAACAAGCAGUUCUGGUUUAAAUAUACUUGGUGUUUUUCCUCAUCUCGGUAAAAGUCACGCAGAUGUCUUUAUUACGUUAAUGAAAGGACUAGCUCAGAAAGGACACACUGUGACAGUCAUCAGCCAUUUUCCCUUGUCAAAAUCCAUCCCGAACUACAAAGACAUCGACCUUGGAGGGAGAUCUCAAGCGUUCGUAGAACUUUUACCUAUGGACGUAAUAAAUCCAGGCAGUAGAUUACAGAUGAUCGGCAAUGUGUUUUUGUUGUCAUAUUUUGCCAAUAUUUCCUGUGAAGUAGGAUUUAGCUCGCCAGCGAUGCAGAAGUUUCUCAAAACUGACGAGAAAUUCGAUUUGCUUAUCAUAGAAUUCUUUAACAGUGACUGCUUUAUGGGACUGACACAAAAAAUAAAGGCUCCUGUUAUUGGUUUGAGCUCGUGUACGAUCAUGCCCUGGACUUCGGAGAGACUAGGCAACCCAACGCACACCGCAUACAUACCAAAUAAUAAUAUGGAUUACUCUGACCAGAUGACGUUCCGUGAGCGUCUGGAAAAUACUGUGAUUACCUUAAUUCAUCAGGCUCACUAUCAAUACGUCACUUUGAGUAGAGAUGAGGAGAUUGCUAGGAAAUAUUUAGGUGAAGAAGCGUCCCGGAUUAGAGAAUUUAUUAGGAACAGCAGUCUUUUGAUAACCAAUAGUCAUUUUACUUUAAAUCUUCCCAGACCUCUCGUGCCUGGAGUUGUGGAAGUUGGAGGGUUGCAUAUUGGAAAAACACAGCCAUUGCCGAAGAAUAUUGAGAAAUGGAUAAACGAAUCACCCGAAGGAGUGAUAUACUUCGCUCUUGGAUCUCUAAUCAAGGGUGACACCUUUCCUAAAGAAAAAAGGGACGUUUUCUUGAGAGCCUUUAGCAGAUUACCACAGAGAGUGCUGUGGAAAUGGGAGAGUGAAACGAUGGAAGGAAAACCUGAUAAUGUCAUGAUCCAGAAGUGGAUGCCUCAAUUAGAUAUAUUGUGUCAUCCCAACGUAAAGGCGUUCAUCUCGCACGGCGGCCUUCUGGGAACCAUCGAGGCCGUCCACUGCGGCGUCCCCGUUGUCGUGAUGCCCCAGUUCGGCGACCAGCACACCAACGCCAGGGCUUUGGAGGCUUCGGGCGGAGGCGUCAUCCUUCAAUUAAGGGAAGCCACAGAAGAUAAGGUUUAUAAAGCGCUGAAAAAAGUCCUGAGCGCCGAUUCCAGGCAAAAAGCCAAAGACCUGUCCGAAAGGUUCAGAGACCGUCCUAUGCCUCCCCUCGAAACAGCUAUUUACUGGGUGGAAUACGUUGCCAGGCAUAAAGGAGCUCCUUACAUGAGAACAGCAGCUGUCAAUAUGCCGUUUUACAAAUAUUAUUUGAUUGAUGUAGCGGCUUUCUUAAUAUUUAUUGUUAGCAUAUUUAUUUAUAUUUUGUAUAAGGCGGUUAAAUACGCCAUCAGGAUUAUUUGCAAAACUAAAGAGACAAAAGUUAAAAGUUCCUAAAUUAGUGAAAAGCUAGUAUUGUAAAAAUGUGAUUACAUAAUUAAAAUGUUAUAGAAAAUUCA